CUCUACCGUUUGACGAUGCCAUGCAUUUAUAUGACUCUAGAUUGUCCAUCCAACAGAAAUACAGAGAAAAAUCAAGAGUGCGAUAAAUGCGUGGCUUUGUCACAUGGAAGAAGGAGAGGAAGAAACAUUUUCCGUCUGCAUUCGACAGGCAUGUAAAUAUACCUUUAGAUCAUACGAAUGUGAGCGACCGUAGCUGUCAAAGACCGAAAGGAAAAUGGUGAUGCUGGUAGCAGAUUGAAGCAUUUAAUCGAAAUGUUCGUUUUGAUAAUUCAGUGAAAUGUGAUAAUUAACGUUUCAUCAUGGCCCUGCGGAAAGUAAAAGGGAAUUUCGAACGAAUGUUUGACAAGAAUCUAACCGAUCUCGUAAGAGGGAUUAGGAACAAUAAGGAAAAUGAGGCAAAAUACAUUGCACAGUGCAUGGAAGAGAUCAAACAGGAAUUGCGGCAAGAUAAUAUUGCAGUCAAGGCAAAUGCUAUUGCUAAAUUAACAUAUCUCCAAAUGUUGGGAUAUGACAUCAGCUGGGCAGGUUUUAACGUGAUCGAAGUAAUGUCAUCUCCAAAAUUUACCUACAAGCGAGUAGGAUACUUAGCUGCCAGUCAAAGCUUCCAUCCAGAAACCGAAUUACUAAUGUUGACUACGAACAUGAUCCGCAAAGAUUUGAAUAGUCAAAAUCAGUACGAUGCGGGCUUAGCGCUAAACGGUCUCUCUUGUUUUAUUAGUCCUGACCUAGCGCGUGAUUUAGUCAAUGAUAUAAUGACUCUACUAACAUCUACUAAACCCUACCUUCGAAAGAAGGCGGUGUUAAUGAUGUACAAGGUUUUCCUAAGAUUUCCCGAUGCUCUAAGGCCUGCUUUUCCGAGACUGAAAGAAAGACUCGAAGAUCCAGAUAGCGGCGUUCAGUCAGCUGCUGUUAACGUAGUUUGUGAACUAGCUAGGAAAAAUCCGAAAAAUUACUUGAGUCUUGCUCCUGUGUUUUUUAAGCUCAUGACCACCUCUACGAACAACUGGAUGCUCAUUAAAAUCAUCAAACUUUUUGGCGCAUUGACACCCCUAGAACCUAGGCUUGGCAAAAAACUAAUAGAGCCUUUAACCAAUUUGAUACACAGUACAUCUGCGAUGUCUCUGCUUUAUGAAUGUAUCAACACAGUGAUAGCUGUGUUGAUAUCUAUAUCUUCUGGUAUGCCAAACCACUCCGAUUCAAUUCAACUCUGCGUUCAAAAACUGAGAAUACUCAUAGAGGAUUCGGAUCAAAAUCUCAAAUAUUUGGGAUUAUUAGCAAUGUCAAAGAUUCUGAAAACACAUCCGAAGAGUGUUCAGGCCCACAAAGACCUCAUUAUGCAGUGCCUCGAUGACAAAGAUGAAAGUAUAAGACUGCGUGCCUUGGACUUGUUGUACGGAAUGGUUUCUAAGAAAAAUUUAAUGGAAAUUGUCAGAAAGUUGAUGGUGCAUAUGGACAAAGCUGAAGGCACAACUUAUAGAGACGAGUUACUCUCGAAAAUUAUUCAGAUUUGCUCUCAGAAUAACUACCAGUUUAUAACGUAUUUCGAAUGGUAUAUCUCAGUAUUAGUGGACCUAACACGAAUGGAGGGUACAAAGCACGGGCAAUUAGUAGCAACUCAAUUGUUAGAUGUUGCAAUACGCGUUAAGGCGAUUCGAAAAUACGCAGUUCAGCAGUGUGCCUUACUAUUAGAAAAUGCGUGCCUCCUCGCUGGACAACCAAGAGCAACUAUGUCUGAAGUUCUGUACGCAGCAGCGUGGAUCUGUGGAGAAUUUUCAAGUGAAUUGGAAUACCCUCUAGGAACAUUGCAGUCAAUGCUCAAAUCACAAGCGUCGAUGUUACCGGGUCACAUUCAGGCAGUAUAUGUUCAUAAUAUUCUAAAACUUGCUGCAAACAUCUUAAGUAAGGCUGAACAAGAAAAUGAUAUUGGUAUAAUGGAACAGAUUUUUCUUUUGAGAGAGAAACUUGCUGCUUUUAUCUGCAGUAGCGAUUUAGAAGUACAAGAAAGAUCGAGUUCUGCCAUGGCUCUGUUUGACUGUUUAAAAGAAAAUCCGGGACUAGCUGCAGAAUUAGUAGAGGCCUUUAUCGGAGAACUAAAUCCUGUCGCUCCUAAAGCUCAGAGAAAGGUGCAAUUUCCUUCUGGCUUGGACCUAGACUCUUGGAUUAACGAUCCACCUUCUGAAAGUUCUGAUUCCGACGAUCAAGAUAUGAAUGAAAUUUUCGUGAAACCUGAAAAGUCUGAUGGUUACUCGAAACAUGAUUCGUGCGAACCGACUAUCGAGGAACUUCAGAAAAGACGGGACGCGAGAAAGUUGGAACAGGAAAACAACCCACAUUAUCUCAAAGUUUCGAUCAGCAAAAAGUUGUCAUCUUAUAACUCGAGCAAUAAUAAUGAGGACAUUGAAAAUAUUCCUGUUGCUGAACUUGAUAUUCCUGUCUCACUGCAGAUUACAGACUUCAGGAGUUCAAAAAAGUACUUCAAUAUAGAUCAAGAAUCUAGCAAAAAGAGGGAUAAAAAGCUUGGCAAGAAGAAGAAAUCAAAGAAGGAUAGAAAGUCGAGCAGUUCAGAAGAACGUGAUGAAAAUUAUCAUUCACAAUUCGUAAACAGAGGCAUAGGAGAAUUACCUUCAGGAGCAGAAUUAAGUGGUAGCGACGACGAUGACACCGCGGAUGCAAAUGAUCCACAUCGUGCUUUAAAUAUUGACUUGGAUUUACCUUUAAGAGAUGAUGAACGUCUUCCUGUUUUAGAGCACAGAAGUGUGGAUAACAAUCUGCAUGAAGAUAUGAAAACUACGUGUGACAAGAAGGAUAAGAGUCACAAGAAGUCAAAAAAGAAACAUAGGAGUACUAAGGAUGGCAAAAAAAAGCAAGAAGAGCCAACUAAGAAUUCAGAAAUUGAUCUCUGGAUCGUUAGCGAGUCCGAAAAGCUACAAGCUGCAGAAAAAAGUAUGAUCGCCGUUACAGAAAAAAGAUCCGUUAGCAAAAAAAGUAAACACAAAAAACCAAAGACAGAGAAAAAUCCGGAAGAGAGUCAAGAGCAUUCAAAGCAUAGGAGAAAAUUUAAAAAGUCGAAAGAGAAAAAAGAUAAUAAAACAUUGGAUUAUGAAGAAACUGCUGGAAUUUCUACACCAUCCAAGGAAAUUUUACGAAAUGACAUUAAUCUGCCAGAAAAUAACACAAUUCCUUCCCAGUUAACAAUUUCUAUGCAUAGAAAUUUAGCCAAGGACAAAACAUUAAGUAUGGUUUAUGAAUUAAAGCACUUACCCCUUGAAACGAAUAAAGUAGUCUCAGCUAUUCUUUUAACUAACAUUGGAGAGAAUAUCAUAAAAGAAUUGGUUUUUAAUGUGUCCGAUACAUCCACGCUAAAGCUCGAUAGACGCCCGCAGGACGAGUUUGGAGUGAAGCUGAACUUUCAGUUGCUUCCGAAAACGAGUGCCGAGGCGCAGCUUUUAAUCAUUGUGUCGGAUGUUACCUUUCCUCAGAUACUGCGAGGUUCCUUGAGUUACAUGGUGGAAAGUUCGGUUGGAACAGUGCAAGAGAAACUUGACUUUAUCAUGCAUGUACCAUGCAGUAGCUUCAUGGUAGGGCAACUUUCUCAUAGAGAUAUUCUUACGGAACUACUGAAAAGCGGACAGCUGACGGCCAAAGUUAAAAAAGAAGUACCGCAACGUGAGGAUUUUAGUCGUGCAUUAAACUUUAUUUGUCAAAGGUGUAACGUCACUCUCGUCGAACAAGUUAAUAACACGGCCUCUCUGUAUGGUCAUUCCCUUCGGGGACACCACGUGUGCCUCUUAUUAAAACAAAACAAUUCGACUGGAAACUUGGCGAUCGAUGGAAAAGGUGAUAAUAACUCGCUCUUGACUGAAAUAGUGAAAGAAAUCGUAAACAUUUUAGCCUGAGAUAUCGAAAAAAAUAUUUGAGAAUUUUUGUGAACAGAAAACAGGGGUAGCAAGCCUUUGCUGUCCAGGAGCGAGAUUUAAACAGGGUCAACUGAGCAGCAAAGUUAAAUUUUAAUCAAGUUAGCUAUCCAAGCAAUGCAAUUAUCGCUAAGUAUAUGGUGUCUGGUAGAUCUGUAAAGUCCAUAGAAAUAAAAAAAAAUUGCAUGUAAGCAGAUAAAUAUUUGUGAUGUAGGGGAGAGUGGCUAUCAGUAUUUCGAAUAAUUUUGAAAGUCGUAUUUAUGCCUAAAUUUUACUUAAUGCAAGACGUUAAAUAACGUCAAUCUAAAUGUUAUAGACUUAAAUACAUGGUGCAAAUGUGAUACAAAGGAUUUUGUACAGUUGAUUAUACAAAUUUAACAUUUACGUGAAAAAGUACAUUGUUCUUAUUUCUAGAGUCGUUUGGCCGCAGUGUAUCGAUCGCCAUAUGUUAUUUUACACAGUAUGAACAAAGUUAUUUUUCAUGGAAUUACAUGAAAAAGUAUUCAGAAUAUUCGAUUUAUGUAUAAAGGUUAUAAAAUAACGAAUUUAUUACUCAGUUUACGUUCCUUAAGGGAUGAAAGCCCAGAAUGUGAUGCUGCUAGGCUUUUAAGUGUUUUUAACCCAUAGGAAGUUAUUUGCGGCUUCUAAAAUGACUCUUAAUUUUACUUAGCAGUUACAAUCUAACUACUAUAAUUAUUAUUAAGUAUUUGUUACGCGGAAGUUGGUCGAUCCACUGCUUUCUACCCAGUGUUGACCAAAUGCCGCUUAUAAGCAAAUUAUUUAGAUUCAUUUAUUUGUGCAAUUUUAGGCAAUCUAUGUCAGGUAUUCUAGCUGAGACCCUUAGCAAUAUUAUAAUCAUGGAUUUUUAAAGCUGCCUAUUUCUGUGAAAAUACUUAGUAAAGUAAAGGUAAAUUUUUUCAGCAUAAUCUCAUAGUUUUUUUUCUUCAUUUUUUGCAUUUCCUAAUUGAUUUAGAUAGCUCAAGCUUUUGGACGGAAUGUGUUCGCAUAUGUUUUAAUAAUGCCUAAAGUUUAAUACAAAUUGCUACACAGGUUUUUCAAAUAAUUGAAAAUACCCACUGUCCACAGCGAACCAGUGAUGGCCACUCUCCAUUACAAAUAUGUGAGUGUUCACUGACAAUGUAAACAUCAGGAGUGCGGUAAAAGAUCGACUGUCUAUUAAGCUUAUAUUAUUAUGAAGUAAAAAUCCUAAAAUAAUCGAAUUAUGCGAGCUGCGGAGAAAAAUUGUGGGUUGGCAUCUGAAAAAAGUAAAAAAAAAAAUAAAAUCCAUUAAUAUCUUA